AUGGCUGAUACUACACAACGACACCCGAAUCUCCACCUCACGCCGGAGGAGAAGCGUGUCUUCUACCAGCUUUUCCAGGCUGCCGAUACCACCAACCUUGGCGUCAUUACCGGUGAAAUCGCCGUGCCCUUCUUUGAGAAGACCCACUUAUCCCCUGACACUCUUGGCCUGAUAUGGCAAAUCGCGGAUAAGGAGAACAGGGGUCUCCUGACCCCGUCUGGCUUCGGUAUAGUUCUGCGUCUAAUUGGACAUGCGCAAGCUGGCCGUGCACCCUCUGACGAGUUGGCUUUGCAAACUGGCCCUUUACCUCGUUUUGAUGGAAUUGUGGUUGAUCCUACGGCAAAUGUCCCAGAUUCAGGAACUAAAAGUCCUCCACCUUCGUCCAGUGGACCCAUCAGAGUUCCUCCACUUCAACCAGAUGAUGCCAACAAAUUUGUGUCGCUGUUUGAAAAGUCAGACGUCAAAAAUGGAUUGAUUUCAGGUGAAAUCGCCAAACAGAUCUUCGAACGCGCCCGACUUCCUAAUGAGGUUCUGGGUCGUAUUUGGUUCUUAUCGGAUACGAAGCAGCGAGGUGCCUUAGAUGCUACCGAGUUUACCAUCGCUAUGCAUCUCUUGACUUCUUAUAAAUCCGGUGCCCUUCGCGGUAUUCCAGCCACACUCCCACCUGGUCUAUACGAGGCGGCAGCUCGAAGAGGACCAGUGCGCGCCUCUUUUGGGGCGAGAGCGGAUGUGCCUCCCAUUCCCGCCAUCCCCCAGCAAUUCACCGGCCCUCGGCGAACAUCGAGCCCCAUGAAUCAAGCCAAUCGCCCGCAAUUUGGAGGUCCUCUUUCCGCUCAAGCCACCGGUGGUGACUGGUUGAUUACCCCACAGGAGAAGGCCCAGUUUGAUAGCAUCUUUGAGACUGUUGAUACUGCCAAGCUGGGACUGAUCACUGGUGACCAAGCUGUAUCUUUCUUUAUGAAGGCCCAGCUUCCCGAGGAAACGCUGGCCCAAAUCUGGGAUCUUGCGGAUAUUGACGCAGAUGGUCAGUUGAGCCGGGAAGAAUUUGCCGUGGCUAUGUACUUGGUCAGACUGCAGCGUGGUGGCAAGGAGCCUCUGCCUCAGGUGGUCCCUCCCGCGCUCAUCCCGCCCAACAUGCGUCGCCAGAUCCCUGCACCCAUGGCAGCCCCCACACCUCCACCGGCGCCCGCACCCGUACCCGCUGUACGGACCGCUGCUGAUGAUUUGUUUGGUCUCGAUUCCCCAGCGCCGCCGUUUGCCCAGCCUCAGAUGCCCCAGUCUACCGGAGGCUCAAAUAGCGCGUUCCAAACGCCGGGCUCACCUUCCUCCAGAGCAUCCCCGCAAACGGCAUCCCACACCUUUAGGCCUUUUAUUCCAACUUCUACUUUUGGCCAAAGCUUGCAACCCCAAAUCACUGGUGCAUCAGCUGGAACCCCGACAGCAAUUCGCUCACCCCCACCUCCAUCGGAUGAUCUCCUUGGUGACAAUGAUCCCGAGGAAUCAAACAAGUUGACCCAGGAGACCACUGAACUCGCGAACCUGUCCAACCAAAUCGGUUCUCUGGCCAGAGAAAUGCACACUGUACAAGAGAAGCGUACAUCUGCCGAACAAAAUAUUACACAAACUUCACAGCAAAAGCGUGAUUUUGAGGCACGUCUUGCACAGGCACGGUCAAUGUAUGAGCAAGAGGUUACCAACUUCAAGGCACUUGAAGAGCGCCUGAAGUCAUCGAAGGCAGAGACGGUGAAGCUGCAACAGCAAUAUGCACUGCUUGAGGGUAGCCGCCAAGACUUGCAAAACCAGUAUACGCAGGUUUCAACAGCCCUGGCUGCCGAUGAACAGGAGAAUGUCUCCUUGAAGGAAAAGAUCCGACAUGCCAAUGCCGAGGUUGCCCAGCUCAAACCAGCACUCGAGAAGGCGCGUUCCAGUGCGCGCCAGCAGAAGGGUCUAGUUGCCAUCAACAAAAAGCAAUUGGCUACUGUAGAGGGCGAACGGGAUAAGCUACAAGGCGAGAUAGACACUUUGGCUACUGAGGCUGCACAGUAUUCCGAGGAUGCAACCCUGGCUGGCAGCGUGCCCGAGAUUGCAAGCCCUGCUUCAACGACAAGCCAAAACACAAACCCGUUCUUCCGCCGGACUCCUAGCGCCGGCGAGCAACCACGGUCUCCUGAUGUUACCAGCGAUCAGCAAAGGGCCUUUGACAGCCUCUUCGGGCAGCCAUUCGCAGCCCCCUCUGCCGCCGGACCACCACCCACUUCGUUCCGCUCCGAAUCGCCACAAGUAUCAGUUACAUCUCCUGUUACUUCUGCUGUUCCCACGCCAUCGGUUUCUCCGGCCCCUGGCUCUUUGCCUGGCGCAUUCCCUACUGGGCCAUUCUCCGAACCACCACCUCCAAGCCAGUCACGACAGAUGACUCCCAACUUUUUACAAUUCAAUGAUACUCAGUCUGUGACUUCAUCUACCAUGGUGUCGCCCCCUGGUAGCCGAUUCGGUGCGCCCGAAACCUCUGGAUUUGGCACGCCUUCUCAAGCGGCUACCAGUGACUAUGGGCCUCCAUCAGUGGCAGAGUCUAGCGACUACAGUCGUGCACCGACUUCUACCUUCGGAGGUACUCCGGCGCGGUCUCCAUUUGAGGAGGAAGGACUUGAUGCUUCAGCCAAGUUCCCCGAGGUCCCAGCAGCAACGACUCAGCAACCCGAGGCUGCUACAUCCCCUCCUGCCACUGCAGGCCAGGCCGAAGGUAAUAAGGAUUUAAGCUUUGAUGAGUUGUUCGGCAGCAAGGCGCACAAACGGUCGGAAUCGCAACAAGGCAAUGAUUUCGAGGAGGCAUUUGCCUCUAUGAAGCAUACACCUGGACCCGAGCAUCCUGAUGGAGCUACAUCAGAGCUGCAACAUGACGAUGACGACGAUGAGAGUUCCGACGAUGAGGCUGCAAUGGGAUUUGACGACAAUUUCACGCCCACUGCCAAAAAGGAGAAGCAGCCGGAUUCUAUUGACGCAGCUCAACUUGCUGCUUUCCCUGUCCCAGGAACUUCUACUAAGCCCCCCUCCCCAGAGGCGCAACAAAGCCCACCGGGGUAUGAGGCGCCCAAAGAAGACAACGUCCACCUUCCUCAGUUCAAUGGUCUGCUGCCUGAGCGAACUGAUCCCACCGUGGCUCCCGACGCGCCUCAUUCAGUGGAGCACAGCACUGGAGCGCCAGUUGUCAGCAAUGAGACUCAACGGGACUCUAUCUCGGAGGCUGCUAUCCCGGCCGGUGGCGCAAAGUUAGGAGGACCGGACUUUGAGGCGGCCUUCGCUGGAAUGAACCUUGCACCUGCGACCGAAGCAGAUGACGACGACGAUGAUGAGCCAGAGAGUCAUGAAGCUAAGAACACCACUGACUUUGACUUCUCCUUUGACUCGCCGUCUCAGAAGCAGCAAGCUGUCUCCGGUACAGAUGCUGCACAACCCGGAUCAUCUCAGUUCUAUACCUUCAAUGACAAUGUUCACGGAGCCACCACCCAGCCCGUUGGCUCGCCAGCCGAGGGUGGAGCAAAGCCAGCUGCACAUGAGUGGGACGCGCUCUUUGCACCACUUGAAAACUCCAAGCCGUCCACUGGCGAGGAGACCAAUGGAGACAAGUCCAAGCAGCCUGGCUGGGCCCUGAAUAACGACUCGGGCGAAGAUGAUCUCAUUCUUCAACGGCUGACCGGCAUGGGCUUCACGCGGGAUGACUCCUUGGAUGCCCUCGAAAAGUUCGAUUAUAACCUUGACAAGGCUGUGGACUACUUGACUUCAAAGGCUUGA